AUGUCAUCCCUACCCAAAUCCAAAAUCCCCAACCUCACAACCCUCGUCUCCAUCAUCGGCUCCGCCUCCGCCGCCGUGAUGGUGACCCGUACCAUCAUUCACGAAUACUGUCCUCCUGAAUUACAAGAUUACCUUUAUCUCGGUCUCCGCAAUUUCUUCAACAAAUUCUCCACACACCUCACAUUCAUAUUCUACGAAUUCGAUAAGUUUCAGGACAACCAAGUCUACAGCGCCGCUGAACACUACCUUUCCGCUAGAAUGUCUCCGGCGACCCACCGUCUGAAGGUUACCAAAACUCCUAACCAGAAACACAUCGUCAUCGGCACCGAAAUUAACGAGGAAUUCACCGAUAAUUACAAAGGAGUGAAAUUCUACUGGUCUACGGUUUCUAAGAAGACGCCGACUAGAGAAUAUUACAGUGACGAUGACGUCACCCAUUCUUCCCGAUCCGAUCUCCGAUCUAUGGAGCUCACCUUCCAUCGGAAACACAGAGAUCUGGCCUUAAACGACUACUUGCCAUUUAUAGUCCAGGUCGCGGAAAAGAAGAAACGAGAACAGCAAACCGUCAAGCUCUUCACUGUCAAUUCAAAUGGGUUGUACUCGAGGGAGGGGACAUGGAAAUCUGUUAAUCUUGACCACCCGUCGAACUUUGCUACGUUGGCCAUUGAUUCAGAUAUGAAGGAGAUGGUGAUGAAGGAUUUAGAUAGGUUUAAGCAGAGGAGAGAGUAUUAUCGGAAAGUCGGAAAGGCGUGGAAGAGAGGGUACCUGUUGUACGGGCCCCCGGGGACCGGGAAAUCUAGUUUGAUCGCUGCCAUUUCGAAUUACUUGAAGUUUGACAUAUAUGACUUGCAGUUGACUGACAUUAAAUCAAACUCGGAGCUUCGGACACUGUUGAUGGCAACGGCUAACCGGUCAAUACUGGUGGUCGAGGACAUUGAUUGUUCGGCGACGCUGCAUGACCGGGUGGCCGUAGAGGCCGCAAAAGCCGCCCGUAGAAGGUCAUCGUAUUACUCCAAAGAGAAUGAGGUAACCUUGUCUGGUUUUCUUAAUUUUAUUGAUGGAUUAUGGUCAAGUUGUGGUGACGAACGAAUUAUCAUAUUCACCACAAACCAUAAGGACAAACUCGACCCUGCACUUAUCCGUCCCGGUCGCAUGGAUGUUCAUAUUCAUUUAUCGUAUUGCACCCCAUGCGCAUUUCGUGUUCUCGUCAACAACUAUUUUGGCAUCAAUGAGCACAAUCUUUUUCAACAAAUUGAAGAUUUGAUGAUGGAGAUAGACGUUACACCCGCUGAAAUUGCAGAACAAUUGCUCAAAGAUGACAACCCAGACAUCAUGCUUAAUGGUCUCAUCGAGUUUUUUGAUGUGAAGAGGAUGGAGAAUGAAGAGGCAGAGGGCAUGGCGAAGAUGAUGGAAGAUGAGGAACUAGCUGCUACAGAGAAUGAAAUGACAGAAGAAUAUGAUAGCAAUUAA